AUGAGUCAGUUUGCUGCCUCACUGGCCAAUUCUUUGGCUAGUGAAGGCAAGGACCCUCGCCACCAGCCUGCAACACCACCACUGAGCUCCGUGCCGCUCCCUAAGGAAACCCCACUUGCCAACGCUGCGUUCUGGGCAGCCAGGAAGGGAAAUCUGGCCCUGCUGAAGCUGCUGUUGAACAGUGGUCGGGUGGACGUGGACUGCAGAGACAGUCAUGGUACCACGCUCCUCAUGGUCGCCUCCUAUGCUGGCCACAUAGACUGUGUGAGGGAACUGGUUCUGCAAGGAGCAGACAUCAACCUUCAGAGAGAGUCAGGUACAACUGCCCUGUUCUUUGCUGCCCAGCAAGGCCAUAAUGACGUUGUGAGAUUUCUUUUUGGAUUUGGAGCAUCCACUGAGUGUAGAACCAAAGACGGGGGCACUGCUCUGCUGGCUGCCAGUCAGUAUGGACACAUGCAAGUAGUGGAGACCUUGUUGAAGCAUGGAGCCAACAUCCAUGACCAACUUUAUGAUGGAGCCACCGCCCUCUUCCUAGCUGCCCAAGGUGGUUACUUGGAUGUUAUUCGAUUACUGUUGUCUUCAGGAGCAAAAGUCAACCAGCCAAGGCAGGACGGAACGGCCCCCCUGUGGAUCGCAUCCCAGAUGGGUCACAGCGAGGUGGUGCUGAUGCUGCUGCGUGGAGCUGAGCGCGACGCUGCACGCAACGAUGGGACUACAGCAUUGUUGAAAGCAGCCAACAAAGGGUAUAAUGAUGUUAUAGAGGAGUUGCUUAAAUUCUCACCGACUCUUGGUAUUUUGAAGAAUGGGACGUCGGCACUCCAUGCAGCAGUACUCAGUGGAAAUAUUAAAACAGUGGCAUUGCUUCUGGAAGCAGGGGCAGACCCAGCCCUGAGAAACAAGGCCAACAAGCUUCCAGCAGAACUAACCAAAAAUGAACGUAUAUUGCAUCUCCUCCGAAGUAAAGAAGGACACAGGAAGAGCUAA